UCUGCGAGAUGUCCAUCGCGGAGCUGCGUGAGCGGCUGCAGCUGCUGCGUGAAGAACUGGAGGAAGAGCUGCAGCUGCGGCAGCGGCGGGCGCGGGAGCAGCGACACGACCACGACGCGCUGCUGCAGCACACCCGGCGCUUCGUGCAGCAGCGCCGCUCCGAGUUGAGAUCCAUACCGAAACCACAGAAGCAGGAGCUGAAAGUUCCAGACACAGAAGAACUAGAAGCACUGAGGAAGAAACUAGCAGAGAAACGUGAGCUGCGAAAGAAAAUGGAAGCUGCAGAGAAACUUAGCUGUACCACCUCGUCCUCGGCACACUGUGCCGAAGAACAGAGUUGUUCUCAAAUUGAAGAACAGAGUUAUUCUCAAAUUCAGCUGGAAGUAAAUAGUACUCAUGCCUGAAAUUUUUUUCAGCGUCUUAGUCCUUUGUGAGAAAGAAUUAUGCCAAAUAUUCCAACACAUCACCUUUGUUCCGUUAAGGAUAUACUGCUAAACAACAUUUGUAAAGUUAUCAAAAUUGUGGUAACCACAGUCAGUGAUUAAAGAGAGGUGGUAUAAUUUCAUGCGCACUGACUUUUUUUUACAUUAAACUUCUGGGGAAAGAAGUAAUGUACCAACAGAAAUAACACAUACUUACAGGAGGGGCCUCUAAGUACAGUCGUGGAGUCCUCGGGACAAGUACAUAGUGAUGCCUUCUUCCACUCCUCUACACUUGCCUCCACC